AUGCUCACGCUGAACAUUGACUGGUUUCAGCCAUUUGAUGGUGUUACCUACUCCUGUGGUGCCAUAUAUCUUGCAAUCAAUAAUCUUUCAUGCAGGCCUAAAGAAGCAAACACUUCUGACAUAAAUAAUUAUCUGAAACCACUUGUGAAUGAGUUGAUAGAGCUGUACAAAGAUAUUAAGAUUAAGACUCACCAAUGUCCAAACGGUACUUCUAUCCAAGCAGCCCUUCUCAUGGUUGUCUGUAAUAUACCUGCUGCAAGAAAAGUAUGUGGGUUCACAUCACAUACAAGUACAAAUGCAUACCACAAGUGUAAGCGUCAAUUUUUGAGGUUGGCUGGAACAAGUUCCAUUGAUUAUUCUGGAUUCGAUUUCUCAAAGUGGCUCUUUCGCACUAAGAAUGACAAUUGUAAGGAUGCAGAGAUCUGGAGAAAUACAAUCAAACCAACUAAGAGACAGUGUCAUGAAGUUGCACAUGUUGUUUACUGGUCCAAACUGCAUUGUCUUCAGUACUUUGACAUUGUCCGCUGCACGAUCAUUGAUCCCAUGUACAAUUUUUUCUUAGACACUCCCAAAAGAAUGCUGGAGAGAUGGGUUGCAGAUGGAUUAAUUGACAGUAAAAAACUUGUUGCCAUGCAAAAGGCUGUUGAGAAGGUAGUGUUGCCGCCCAAUUACAUGUCACUUGGGACAAAGAUUGCUAAGGGAUUUCCCUAUAUGAAGGCUGAUGAGGAUGUAUUGUCAUUGCCAGAGUUCAAGAACUGGAUAGAGUUUGUUAAUGCAUGCAGAUACUUCACCAAGCCUAGUGUUUCUGAAGAAGAUAUUGAGAAAGGACACAAAUGCUUAGAAGAAUUCUGUAAAGGGUGUGAGACAUUGUACGACCUGGACCUUCUCUCUUCCAACAUGCACCUGCAUCUGCACUUACGUCAAACAAUGAUUGACUUUGGGCCCGUCUAUGGCUAUUGGCUUUUCAGCUUUGAAAGAUACAAUAAUGUUCUGAAAAAUAUCAAGACCAAUCGAAGAAACAGGUUCGAAUCAACAUUUAUGAGACAGUUCAUUGAAGAGUCGUGGAAGGGAGAUUUUGUUUGUCGACUUCUGAAACCUAUGCAUACACUUGCAUGUUUUGAAAUUUUUUAUAAGUUCACCACCAACAACAACAACAACACCAACACCAACACCAACACCAACACCAACACCUACCUCUCUCACUCUUUCUCAAUUUCCAAAUAUCUUGAAGCUUCACAGAAUCUUUCAAUGACAAUUCGUAGAAACGAGUCCCUGCCACUAUCUGCCUUGCCAUUGAAAACAAGACCAUUAUCAUUUAUGCCAAAACAUGAAUAUGAUUGUCUUGUAGAAUACUAUCAAGCUGCGUACAAGAAUCCACAGAUCUCAGGUUGCAAAGAUGUAAUUGAUGACUCACCUUUCGUCAAUGACUGGAUCGAAAUAGUGAAGUCCGUUGAUCUUCUUGGGCAAAGCUACAAAGGGUGCAUUGGCACAAAUGGCUGCGGAUCAUACAUACAAGCAUAUUUCACUGAACGAACUGGGUCAAAACAUGCAAAUCUCCAUAGUAGUCAGCAUGUAUUUGCAUUUGUCAAAUGGUUCAAAUCCACUUUGGACAAAACAAGAGAAUUAGAAGGAGUUGAGUUGUUACAGGAUGAAUUCUACAAGCAAGAUUUUCAAAGCAUCCUGCCAGUACAUCGGAUUCUCCUAACAGUUGCAAUAGUAGAUUACAAAACUACAAAAAAUGUCAACAAAAAACUCGCGAUUCCUUUACCAAAAAAAAUUUACUAUUAA